CUAACAUUGCGACGAUAGCUCGCGACGUAAUCCUACCUUAACCUUUUUACCCUUCUACAACUUUAGAUGGCCUCUUCGCGACACCAGUUUGUCACGCCAUCAUAGGCCUCUAGCUCCGAGGUUCUUCUUUUUUUAUCUUAAGAUUUCUACCAUCUCUUCCUCUCAUUUAUACAUGUUGAAAUUACAUCAUAGAUACCUUAAAUUACCUACAUAAUCCCGUUAGUCCAUUACACUUACAGGCCUAACUUGAUUUCCCCCUAUCCUAGCUUACAUCUCGACGCGCUUAGGUAGUUCAUGAUGGGGGAGAACACUAAAAGAGCGACGGCGAUCGCAUCCGCAGGGAUAAGAAUAUCCUCUAUUCUUUUCCUACGAUGGGUUGCCUUACCCGCUUUCAUUCCUAUUGUUUACACAUUAUUCGCCAUCUAUACCCCAAGUUUCAUCUCGAAUUAUUUGAACGAGCCUAAAUAUGCGCUUAUUGACGAAGUCGACGUGGUCUUAAAAGAAGAUAUCGUGAAUAAGGAUGAAAUUGCGAACGGCACUACAGAUGAAGCCAUCGUGGUGGAUGAAGUUGACGUGGAGGAAACAGCUGCUAUAUUGCCGAAGCCGUUGAACCCAAUUAGCACCUUGCUAAAAGGAACACCAAGCCCUAAUAGCCUGUUGCUGUCAAUUGCCACAUUUCUAAUCAAUGUCACGUGCGUCGCGAUGCUCACAGAUAUGGUGUACUCACCUCGGUGGUUCCACCCUAGUCACGACCUUUCAUUUGCGCGUGUUGGGUAUGUUUCAGAUACAGAGGCGAAAUUGCUGAUCCGAGAGCCCGAUCAGACCAAACUGCCAAUCACGGUUCAGGUUCAUAUUAAGGAUGCGAAAGCGCCCUUUGACAAUCCUCUAUGGCAGACCGCUGGCAGUGUUCUGUCGACUUCUAACGAAACUGACUUUACUUCGGUGGUCACUAUUUCCCUAAGCAAUUCCAAGCAGCGUGUAUACGAAUGGACCACGUCGAACAACCACUCUGGCGAAUUUACUUCUGCCCCUAAACCAGGGGUUAUGCCCGAGCUUUAUGAUGGGAAAUUUACUUUUCUAUCCACUUCAUGCAUUGUUCCUCGUCUGCCCUACUCGCCUUUGGACCACCCCUUGGCUUUUCCGGGAAUGAAGCAUCUGGCUAAGCUGCUCCCAAAUUUGGGCGCGCAAUUUAUGUUAUUCCUAGGCGAUUUCAUCUACAUUGAUGUGCCAAAGAGGUUCGAGGAUACCGUCGAGAAUUAUCGUCUCAAAUAUCGCCAAGUCUAUGCUUCCCCUGACUGGCCUGCGGUGGGUCAAAAUCUUAGCUGGAUCCACGUACUCGAUGACCAUGAGAUCUCCAACGACUGGGACUCAAAUUCGACAGGCGUAUACAAGACUGCAGUAGACCCUUGGCAUUAUUAUCAAACCGAGGCCAACCCUCCAGUGGCUAAGAAAGCCGGAAGCCAGGGUCUUGUCCAACGUAAGGAAGCCACCUAUUUCGCUUUUACUCAGGGACCCGCGAGUUUCUUCAUGCUCGACACCAGAUCAUAUCGUUCCAAGAACUCGGAGCCGUUUGAUAGUCCAAACAAGACUAUGCUUGGUGAGACGCAACUCCAAGAUUUCCUUGACUGGGUGCGCCGCCCGGAGCCGAAGGGUGUAAAGUGGAAGAUCGUCGCCAGUUCCGUCCCAUUCACCAAGAACUGGAGAGUGAACACCAGAGAUACUUGGGGUGGCUUCCUCUCAGAGCGUCAAAAGAUACUCGAGGCCAUGUGGGAGGCCAGUAACCUUGGAGUUGGUGUCGUGAUUUUAUCUGGCGAUCGUCACGAGUUUGGCGCAACCGCCUUCCCGCCACCAAAGGAUAGCAAAUGGUCGGAGAGUGCAACAGUUCAUGAGUUCUCGGCUAGUCCUCUGAACCAGUUCUUCUCGCCUAUCCCUACGUAUAAGCAAACAGAUGAUGAGGAUGUUGAACUCAAGUAUAUAAAUGCGGGUAACUCCAAAUUUGGCGCAAUUACGAUCGAAAAGUUCGCUCAGGGCGAGCAGAGCAGUUUGAAGUACACCGUCUAUAUCGACGGCGUGAAUAAAUGGAAUACGGUUAUCUUGUCUCCAGAACCGACUCAGCCGGUAAAGGCUAGUGGUGGUUCGUUCUGGGACAGACUACGUAGGAGCAUUUAAUCCCAUCAUAGUCCCUAUUAUAAAUGAUAUACGCGCGCGUCAUACACCGGCGUGCUAGGCGUUAGGUAGUCGCGAUUGCAAUAGAUCAUGAAUUUUUCCGAUGAAAAAGAUAUCUCGU